AAGAAGCUUUACUGGACGGACUCAGAGACCAAUCGCAUUGAGGUGGCUAACCUCAACGGAACAUCCCGGAAGGUCCUCUUCUGGCAGGACCUCGACCAGCCAAGGGCCAUCGCCUUGGAUCCUGCUCACGGGUACAUGUACUGGACGGACUGGGGUGAGACACCCCGGAUUGAACGAGCAGGAAUGGAUGGAAGCACCCGGAAGAUCAUUGUGGACUCAGAUAUUUACUGGCCUAAUGGGCUAACCAUUGACCUGGAGGAGCAGAAGCUCUACUGGGCUGACGCCAAGCUCAGUUUCAUCCACCGUGCCAACCUGGAUGGCUCCUUCCGGCAGAAGGUGGUGGAGGGCAGCCUGACUCAUCCUUUCGCCCUGACACUGUCUGGGGACACCCUAUACUGGACAGACUGGCAGACCCGCUCCAUCCAUGCCUGUAACAAGAGGACGGGGGAGAAGAGGAAGGAGAUCCUCAGCGCCCUCUACUCACCCAUGGACAUCCAGGUGCUCAGCCAGGAACGGCAGCCUUCCUUCCACACGCAGUGUGAGGAGGACAAUGGUGGCUGCUCCCACCUGUGUCUGCUGUCGCCAAGAGAGCCCUUCUAUGCGUGCGCCUGCCCCACCGGCGUUCAGCUUCAGGACAAUGGCAGGACGUGUAAGGCAGGGGCAGAGGAGGUGCUCCUGCUGGCCCGUCGGACAGACCUGCGCAGGAUCUCACUGGACACGCCGGACUUCACUGACAUCGUGUUGCAGGUUGACGACAUCCGGCAUGCCAUUGCCAUCGACUAUGACCCACUCGAGGGCUACGUCUACUGGACAGACGAUGAGGUGCGGGCGAUCCGCAGAGCAUAUCUGGACGGGUCUGGGGCACAGACGCUGGUUAACACUGAGAUCAAUGACCCUGAUGGCAUCGCAGUUGACUGGGUAGCCCGAAACUUGUACUGGACCGACACGGGCACCGACCGUAUCGAGGUGACGCGCCUCAACGGCACCUCCCGCAAGAUCCUGGUGUCUGAGGACCUGGAUGAGCCCCGUGCCAUUGUGCUGCACCCUGUGAUGGGCCUCAUGUACUGGACAGACUGGGGGGAAAACCCCAAAAUCGAAUGUGCCAACCUGGAUGGGCAGGAGCGACAAGUUCUGGUGAACACCUCCCUUGGGUGGCCCAAUGGCCUGGCCCUGGACCUGCAGGAGGGAAAGCUCUACUGGGGAGAUGCCAAGACAGAUAAAAUUGAGGUGAUCAACGUCGACGGGACAAAGAGGCGCACCCUCUUGGAGGACAAGCUGCCGCACAUUUUUGGGUUCACAUUGCUAGGGGACUUCAUCUAUUGGACUGACUGGCAGCGGCGCAGCAUCGAGCGAGUGCACAAGGUCAAGGCCAGCCGGGAUGUCAUCAUCGACCAGCUGCCUGACCUCAUGGGCCUCAAAGCAGUGAACGUGGCCAAGGUUGUCGGAACCAACCCGUGUGCAGAUAGGAAUGGGGGUGCAGCCAUCUAUGCUUCUUCACACCCCGUGCAACCAGGUGCGGCUGUCCCAUUGGCCUGGAGCUGCUGAGUGACAUGAAGACCUGCAUUGUGCCUGAGGCCUUCCUCGUGUUCACCAGCAGAGCCGCCAUCCACAGGAUCUCCUUGGAGACCAACAACAAUGAUGUGGCCAUCCCACUCACGGGCGU